UCCUUCUCUCUGUAAACCCUAAGCCAUCGCCACUGCCACCGCCAUUGAACCUUAAAAGCUCAAUCCACACUAGAAUCCUACAAUAGAACCCUAAUAAUCCUUUUGAAUCGACACAUCCUUUUGAAUCGGCUCGUCUUCCUUUACCUCUGCACUCUCUCUCCAUCUCUCUCUCUUUCUCUCUCUCUCUCUCUCUCUCUCUCUCUCUCUCUCUGCAAGCCCUAAGCUACCACCACCAACAUCGAACCUGAUAAGCUUUAAGAGUUUGGAGUGCAUCAAGAAACCUAAGCACACACUUCCGCCAUCUCAAGAUACCGGUUCAAGAUCGGAACGCCAUGUCGUUGUCCACGAUGCCAUCAUCAUCCCCACAAACCCCCGUCAAUGGCUGAGAAAACAAAUGCAACUGGGUCUGGAACGAAAUCAAAGCCAAAGCUCGCCAUCAACCUAAGCACGCACUUCUGCCUUCUCCUCCAACCCAUCUCUCCUCUCCGCCACCGUCACUGACCUACGUGCCGCCCGUCAAGGAGACCCAUUUGAUCAUACUCCUUCUUGGUUCACUCCCAAAAGCUCCAGAGCAACUUGCUUGGUGUGGAAUGGACAUUGUAUUGUUGUAUUGGGAUGACAUGCUUCUGAUUGUGGGCCCUUAUGGAGAUCCAGUUCGUUAUCUUGAUGAUGAACCCAUUAUCCUUAUCCCAGAGUGUGAUUGAGGUAGGAUAUUGUCUAACUUAAACAUGGAGUUUCUUCAACAGGAGGAAUUUCCUCAUCCUCUAUCCCAUGUCAAGCAAUCAGCUGGAUAUAGAUUUUCAUAUCAGAUAGGUGACUCUUUAAUCUGGCUUGGAAUUCGAGACAUGAUAAAUGAUGUUUGGAAGAAAAAGUUGAAUCUGAAACCUAUCACUUAUUUUAGUGGUUCUCAAGGCUCUGAGAAUGAUAUCCACAUGGAUACAUAUGGAGUCCUCAUCUUGUUCCUAAACCAAAAGAUUGGGGACCUAAAAUUUAUGUGGUUGGAUUUUGUUUCCUUGAUCUCACAUCAAACUACAAACCCCCUGAAGAACUUGUACGCUGGCUUGAAGCUGGCCCAAAGCCAAUCUACAUUGGCUUUGGUAACCUUCAAGACUAGAAACCAACCCGUCCAGCAGGUCGGGAAGCCGACUUACUUUCUUUGUUUUUUAACUCCUCCCCAGAACAAGUACAAAUGCAGCAGGUGCAAAUCCUAUGAGAAAGUCAGAAAGAAACUGAUGUUAUUGGAGGCUCCUAAUGUGCUUACUAUUUCAUUGAAGAGAUUUCAUUGUGCUAAAUUUGGGAAGCUAACCAAAUCGGUUGAGUUCCCAGAGAUUUUAGACAUGGCUCCAUAUGUUAGUGGGUCAAGUGAUAAGUCGCCAAUUUACAGGCUUUAUGGGGUGGUGGUUCAUGUAGAUACAAUGAAUGAUGCCUUUUCUGGUCAAUAUGUUUGCUAUGUUAAGAAUCAUCACAAUCAAUGGUUCAAAUUUAAUGACACCAUGGUGAACGAGGUGGAUCUUCAACAUGUAUUAACAAAAGGCGCAUACAUGCUCUUUUAUGCAAGAUGCUCCCCACGGACCCCACGAUCAAUACGUACGUCAAUAAUCCAGCAUCAAGAUGGACGAAAACACAAAACAUUCGUUCACUCCACUGAACCUUGGCAGGCUUGCAAUUACCAGCCGACUUCUUAUCUUGGUUACCGAUACCAGAGUCUGGAGUAGGAAUCUUCCUCCUCCAGUGACAACUCGGGGUUCUUCUUAGACUCAUGUUCUUGCAGCACAGAUAACAACACCCAAAAGGA